GGUAAAUCCAGCAAUCGAACCCCCAUCCCUCAUUAAAUUACAACGUAAAUAUUGACCCUUGAUUAUCCAAUUUUGUCCUGAUUCGUUCAAUCCCGCCCAACUCGAUUAAUUGCCUCCCAAGUACCGCUGGGCCGAAGCAGGCCAGAUAAGUCCGAGAACAAGGCACCCCUCCUCUCAUGAUACCAGGCCCCAGUUCGUUCUUGCCCCAUGCCCAUUUCCCCCCAAAACUACGACCGCUAAACUGAACCGGGCCAAGCCCCAAAACUUGUCGUAAUCCACACCUGUUUUUGACUUCAACUCUUGCAAAGCCUCUCGCGGUGCCCUGCCCCCCUCGAGGAAAGCGACCCGUUUCGUUCGUUUCCUUGUCGUCAUCACGACCGACCAUAGCCAUCAUCCUUUCACCUCGCCCUCUCGACGACACAUCGGCAGAAGAAAGACAUCUCUUCCUUUCAGUGCCACCGUGCAACCGGCCGACCGAACACGCGACCGAGCCGUGAGCAACCAUGUCAGGGGCACAAAGCAAGCGCCAGGCGGCGCGGAACGAAAAGGUCCUGCAGGAGCUCGUCCAGGGCGUGCCGGGCAACAAUCUUUGCGCCGAUUGCCAUUCUCGUAACCCAGCUUGGGCAUCAUGGAGUCUUGGUGUCUUUCUGUGUAUGCGUUGCGCCGCUAUACAUCGCAAGCUGGGGACGCACAUCUCGAAAGUCAAGUCCUUAAGCAUGGACAGUUGGUCCAACGAGCAGGUCGAUAACAUGCGCAAGGUCGGCAACGCCACUUCCAACAAGAUCUACAAUCCCCAGAACAAGAAGCCCCCUGUCCCCAUCGAUGCCGACGAAGCAGACUCGGCCAUGGAGCGAUUCAUUCGGCAAAAGUACAUGAACAACUCGGUUGCCAGCGCGAGGCGGCACAACACGGGUAGCACCGAAUCCGAUGAGACUCCUCCCCCACUGCCGCCAAAAACCCCCAGCAGGUUUGGGUUCCGUUCUGCCUCUUCCAUCUUCCCACUUUCGUCCAAGGCAAAGAAGGAUGCCGACUCGUCCAGGAGACCUCCGCCCUCGCCACGAAGCUUUGAUGACCGUGCAACGCCCGUCUCGCCUAGAGGCAGGCCAUCGAAACCAUUUGGGGCGUCCGUUCAGCAUGACAGCCAGGAUGACAUGGAGCAUAAGCUAAUGCGGUUGCGGGAUAUGGGCUUCCUCGAUGAGCAGCGGAACUCUAUGGUACUACGUGGCAUGGGUGGGAAUCUGGAGAAGACGGUUGAGGCUUUGGUCAGAUUGGGAGAAGGGUCUGCUGGGCUGUCUGUGGCUCGGGAAACAGUCACGCCGCUCAAGCGAUCAUUGGCCACAUCAUCAUCUAACCUGGGCGUUCAGCAGUCGGCCACAUCCCCGUCAGGGUCGUCAACAAACCCCUUCGACAUGUUGGACAUGCCGUCCGCCCAACCCCAGUCGUCCCAGUCGACGGGUACGCUUCAGAACAAAAACCCGUACAACAAUGCGCCGACGAAUCCUUUCGGAGUUCCAAACCAGCAAAACUAUGGUCUCGAGCAGGCUCUCCAGAACAUGUCACUUUCAGCACCACCGCAACCGCAAUCCCUGUUCCCUCACCAUACUGGAGGUGUUUCCGCCUAUAACCAGGGGCAACAACCACAGCAGCAGGACUAUAACCCAUUUCAUCAGAUGCAGCAUAGUCCACAGGCAUAUCAGCAACAGCAGGCAGUCAACGGGCAGAUGCUGCAAAUGCCCCAGAACACGGUACCAACGGUCUUUAACAAUAACCAAACGUAUCCUCCUAUGACGCAACAGCCAAUGCCGACAGGGUCCAAUCCCUUUUUGCAACAGCAGCAGCCAGCAUCUCUCUCUGUCAACACAGCUGUUGGUGCGGGGCAAUUUGCAGGCAACCCCUUCAUGGCUAAAUCACCGACCCGAGUCCAAUCGCCGACGACUCUGACUCAGAUUCCUGAGCAGACUCAACAAAACUUUUACCACAGCGCAACGGCAACACAGGCACCGUGGGGCUCACAAGGUCCCGCGAUGCUUUACUCGACGCCAUUAAGUGCUCCCGUCCAGUCGCAGACUAACAACCCCUUUUUUGUGCCGCAACAGCAACCACAGCAGCAAAACAUGGCCCCGAGACCAGACACGGCGUCAAUCAUGGCCUUGUACAAUAGCUCGCCAGCACCACAACCAGCUUCAAAUCCUUACCAACAGCAACAGCAACAUCUGAACCAGGGUGGCAACAUGCCCCUGACCUCCUCACCCGGCCAGAUUCAGCAGCAACUGCAACAGAACCAACAAAACUUCACGGCUCAGGCGCCAGCGAGGUCAUUGACUACACCGGCCCUCUCGUCUGGUAGCAAAAAUCCGUUCAUGGGCAUGACUGGCGGACCAGCCGAGGUCACGCCACCAUCCGGCGCCAGGAGUAGGGACAGCGUGCUGGCCCAAGGAUUGGAGUGGACUAAUGGGCGGCAUAGCCCGGACGCGUUUGCAAGCCUCAGCGCCCGGACAUGAGAUCCUGCCUGAGAGGGACGGUUGGAUGAAGGACAUGAAGUGAAGACGGCAAUAGAUGUUGUGAGGGAUGAUAAGUAAUGUAAUGAAAGCUUGGGUGGAAUGGGAGGACUUGAACUGCUGCUGGCCGAGCUUACCGGUCGACCUGGAAUGCUUGUGCCUUUGUGUUGAUUUUAAGCAAAAUUGUGGAGAUAAUUAGGCUGAGGCCUUUGUAUACACACACUGUAUUCUUUUGUUUUCUUCUGGCGUUUGAGGAAUGCAUUUGCGACUUUGCUUGACAGACACACCACUAGAACUAGACAAUUACAG